AUGCCGAAGAUAUCAUCCAUUGAAUACUUUCGUGUACCACCUCGCUGGCUCUUUGUCAAAAUCACCGACGAUGUUGGCAACGUAGGCUGGGGCGAAGCCUCCCUUGAGGGUCAUACACAAGCUGUUGAAGGCUGUUUGGAUGCUUAUAUAGCCAGGUACACUGGCAUGGAAGCUGAGUAUGGACAUAUUCAAUGUGAUAUUGAACAUAUAUGGCAAAUGUCUUGGAGAAGUGGGUUUUACCGUGGAGGUCCAGUCCUUAUGAGCGCAUUAUCUGGAAUUGAUAUUGCUUUAUGGGAUCUAAAAGCCAGAAGAUUAAAUGUUCCCAUCUAUCAGUUGCUCGGUGGGAAGGUCAGGGACAAGAUAAAGGUAUACGCGUGGAUUGGUGGGGAUAGACCUUCUGAUAUUGCCAGCCAAGCUCAAGCGAGAAAAGACCAAGGGUUCACAGCAGUCAAAAUGAAUGGUACAGAGGAUCUCGGAUGGUUUGAUUCGCCAUCUGCGUUGGAUAGUUGUAUAGAACGAGUCAAAGCUGUUAAGGAACUCGGCAUGGACGUAGGAGUUGAUUUUCAUGGUAGAGUCCACAAACCAAUGGCAAAGCAGCUAGCAAAGGCUUUGGAGCCACAUCGACCGAUGUUCUUGGAAGAACCGCUACUUUCAGAACACAUCAAUGGCAUCAAGAACUUGUCGCAACAAACAAGCACGCCAAUCGCACUAGGUGAGCGCCUUCAUAGUCGAUGGGACAUUCGACCAUUUCUCGAGGCUGGUGCUAUAGACAUUUUGCAGCCAGAUAUUAGUCAUUGUGGUGGCAUCAGUGAGAUGAGACGGAUUGCUGCUAUGGCUGAGGCAUAUGAUGUUGCUCUUGCACCACAUUGCCCUCUAGGGCCCAUUGCACUAGCAGCAAAUAUUCAAAUCGCCGCGGCUUCUCCAAACCACGUUAUUCAGGAAAUGAGCUUGGGUAUUCACUACAACGUUGGUGGGCAAGAUCUUACGAGCUAUACAACUAAUCCGGAGGUAUGGAAGGUAACCGAGGGUUAUAUCAAUUUGAUGACGGGACCAGGACUUGGCAUAGAGAUUGAUGAGAAGCAAAUACGCGAACUUUCGCAAGGAGCAGUGCCUUGGGUAAGCCCCGGAUUCAUUGGUCCAGGUGGUGAGAUUCGAGAAUGGUAG